AGAGCAUGCGUGUUAGAAGAAUUUAUCUACCCAUGAAAAGUAUCUGAGCAAUUUUCGGCAUUGAAGAUACAGCUGUGCUCGGUGCGAGUGGUUUGUUUUUCUUUGUCGCUGGAAUUCACAUUUGAAUUUUCAGAAGAAAAAACCAGCGGCAGCAGGUUGCAGUCAAAUUGGAAAGAAAAUCAUCCAAAAGUGCAUAAAAAUAGUUUUCAAAUUUAAAAUCGAGAAAAUUCAGCGUUUUAAGCGCUAAAAGCGCUAAAAGUAUCAUAGUCGUGAAAGAACGCAGUGACGCAGUUUUGUAUCUUUUACAAAUACUUCGUCUACAUUAUAAUUCAUAAUGAUUAAAUAAACAUUUCGAAAAGCAACAGAAUUGUGCCAAUAUUCAUAUUAAUAAAACAAUCUAUUAAUUAAUACUCUCAUAUAAAUAACCGUGCCAAUAAACUUCAAAUAAUUGCGGCUAAAUGAUGCCGAAAAUAUAUGCAAAGUAAUAAAUUUAUAAAAUAAUCAACGGUAUUUUCGUCUGCAUUAAAUGUCAAACUGUAAGGUAUAAAAAUAGCCAACAUUUUGACACCCAGCCACAAAAUGUUGUAAAUUAUCGCGUCUGGAAGAAGUAGACGCCCAACUUAAUAAAAAAAGGCAAAUCAAAAACCAAUAGAAAAUCUCUAUACUUCGAACAAAUUAAGUUGCUUUCCUGCAUGGGGAACAAUCUGAUAACGAGUGGAAAACCGAGUCAGCACCGGGAGAAGAAAUUAUUGGAGAGGCUGAGCUCCUGCAACGCAGAGACCCCCGGGAAAAUGGAGUUUAAAAUGAAUCGUCUCAUGGCUCUGGCCCGCUCUAUUAAAACAUCGCCCACCCCACCGGCUACGCCCGAUGACCUGGAAACCCCUGACCCAACUCCCAUUGACAUCCUGCCGAACGAGAUGUGGCUGGAAAUCAUGACCUAUUUGUCGUACAACGAUCUGCAGCAGCUGCGUAUGGUGUCCACCCAGUGCAGGGAUCUGGUCAGCAGACGUCACUUUAUGGAAAAGGGAAAGGUGAUUGUCACCCAGAACAACCUGGAUGCACUUUACAAGCACGUCCAGCGGGGAAACUCCAAUCUGGGCUUUGAGAGAAUCGAGUUAAGGAAUCUGCGUCAAAGCCGCCAGCUGGAAAACUUCAUGCGUUUGGUUGGCAAGGAGGUGAAGCAUCUCCUGUUGCGCCACUCGCCGGUCUUCAAGAAUGUGGAUGGCAGGAUGCCCAAUUUAAAGAAGUUAACCAUCGCCACCACCAGUUCGAUGGACAAUCACCAAAAUAAAGCCAUGGAUAGGUUGAAUUUGAAGCAGUUUUCUCAGCUUGUGGCCCUCGAGUGCGAUGGCGUUAGUCUGGAUCCCUCCAUGAAGCUUUCGAUGCUCAAGCAACUGCAAAGGUCGGAGAGUAAGGUGCACCUGCGGAAACUGCAGUUCGAGUACAAGCGGAACAAUGAGGAGGUUCUGCUCGAUGUCCUCCGAGAUCAUGCGGACUCUUUGGUGUCUGUGGACAUCUUCUUUAGCUGCUCCCCUGGAUUGGACACCCAGUCCUGGUGCGAUACCUUCGAGCUCAUGGAGAGCAUGAAGACCCUGAAGCUAUCUGGAAACUGUCACCUGGCUCUUCUAGAAGCCAUCAUUAAAGCCGUCCCCCAAGAAGCUCCUCUCGAGCAAUUAGAUCUCACUGGAAUGCUGACUCUGACAAACGAGUUGCUUCUAUAUCUGGCCGGAAAGUGGGACAAGUCGUUGAAGAUCCUCGAUCUCAUGUUUUGCGUCCAAUUGAAUUCCUCGUGCAUUGAAGCAUUGCGCAAGUUGAACGGCCAAUUGAAGACAUUGACCAUGGCCUAUUGCCGUGAGUUGACUGGUGUGGGACUUCUUCAAGGACUAGCCUCAGAGACGAACUAUGCUCUGCAGGACCUUCACUUGGAGGAGGUAUGCUUCAUCGAUGAGAAUUCCAUGUGCGAGAUGCUGGAGCGUCUGCCCAACCUGAGGCGUCUCAGCUUGGACAACUGUCGCCAGGCGGUGACCGAUCGAACCAUGGCCACUAUUUGCAAGCAUCAGACUAGUUUAAGGAACCUGAACAUCGAUUACUGUGUGAAAAUCACUGAUCAGGGCCUGAUGGGAUUCGGGGAGGAUCCUUAUCCGAUUAGUCGCCUCAAGGGACUCAAAGAGCUGAAUCUUCGGGGCUGCCGUAAUCUCACCGAUCGGGUACUCAAGUAUGCCCUGAAGCUACCGGAGCUGCGAGCUUUGUCGCUGGGCUAUUGCACUCGAUUCCAGCCGGAAGGGUUCGAGGCUCUGACAAAUAACUGUCCCACUUUGGAGUCUUUGUGUACGUCCAGUUGCAUGGCGGUGGAUGACGAUACGGUGCGCCUGUUCGUUAGGAAUUUGAAACGGCUGCGCGUUCUCAACUUGAGCAACUGUAGCAAGUUGACUAUUCAGUCCAUCUACCACAUUCUGCGGUAUGGGCACAACCUUGUGGAGCUGAUUGCUUGCUCCAUUGAUUUGGAUCAUGAACAGGCCCAGCGGAUCCUUGAGCGGCAGCGGCCACAAAUGAAGCAGGUGCUCCUAUAGCAGGAGAGGUAUAUUCACUGACAAAACGAGUCGCCUCCGCCCCAUAACAACUGGGUUCGGAGGGAGGAAACUUUUGACGACGACACCGACACGGAAAUUAUCGAGAUUGUGGUUUAAAAUGCAAAUCAAUGAAGAUGAAACAUGAUGAAGCUUAGCGUCCAUCAUUAAUUUACUCAAUGAACCCUAAUAAAACUUUUGAGGUGAAAAAUUAGAUAUAAUUUUACUCAUUCAGACAAAACACAAGCCAAAUAUCAAAGUACAAUUUCACAACCCACCCAAAAUCGUCUAAACAUUUCCAUGUUUUAUUAUUUAGCACAAACGAGGCUAUUUACAAUCGAUUGAUAAAGAUCUCUGAUUUUUACCAUUUUCGGAUCGAGCAAUACUAACCAGCUAAGGCAUAAGCUAUACUAAUUUUAGACAUAACGAGUCCAGACUAUAAUCCUACAGCCCAAAGAGCUUAAAUUUUUGAUUGUCUAUAAGGUCAACGAACUGCUAAGAAAACUAUAUACUAUAUACUUUUGCCAACUACAUAAAUAAUUAAUCAAUGUGUAUCUGUGUGAAGUAAAAGUAUUUCAAUAUAUUAUAUUAACCAACAAUAACUAAUCAUAUAUGGCUACUGAAAAAAAAAAAAAUUUAGAAGUGGAAGAAGGUUUCGUGCUUGAAGAAAAGAAAAGAGGCUGGUAGUUUAAGUUGAUGUUAGAAGAACCAUACCCUUAAUCACAUAUAAUAAUCAUUUUUGAGAAAAGUUUUUAAGAAAUCGUACGAUUUAGGUGCAAAGAAAGUUAACUUUCUGAUCGGGAAAUUAUGCAACUUUUGGAAUAUAUUCUUUUGAAGAAAUGUACUUUA